AUGCGUGUUACCACCCUGCUACCUUACGUGCUGGCGGCCAUCCCCGCCGUUGCCGCUGAACGCGGACAGUUGGGACUCGCCUUGGGCAACAAGAACCCCAAAGGCGACUGCAAAACCACCAGUGACUACGAGGCCGACUUCGAUGCCAUCAAGGGUGUGACAACUCUGGUCCGGACCUAUUCCUCCAAUGAUUGCGACACCGCCAAGAACAUCAUCCCUGCGGCUAAGAAGAAGCAAUUCAAGGUCGUCUUGGGUGUGUGGCCUGAUUAUGACCAGUCUUUCAACGAGGACUUCAAUGCUUUGAAGAAAUACCUUCCCAACAACGAGGAUGUGGUACAGGCCAUUACGGUCGGAUCGGAAGUCCUCUACCGCGGUAGCCUCCCCGCUGGAAAGCUCAAGGAUAGGAUUAUCCAGGUUGUGGAUGAAUUCCCCAAGAUCACCGUUGGUACCGUAGACAGCUGGAACAAGUUCGCCGACGGCUCCUAUAACGACAUCAUCUCCGACCCAAAGAUCAACUACUUCUUAGCCAACGGCUUCUCGUACUGGCAGGGCCAGCCGAUCGGCAAUGCUACCAAUACCUACUUCGACGAUAUGGCCCAGGCGAAGGCCCGCGUUGAGCAGAGCGCUGGCGGUCGGAAGGUCCGCUUCGGGAACGGCGAAACGGGCUGGCCCACUGAUGGUGGUACGGACUACGAAGCAGCCAAGGCCAGCACUAAGUUCGCCGAAGAGUACUGGAAAAAUGCUGUGUGCGGGAUCCUCACCUGGGGCGUUGAUGUCUUCUACUUCGAGGCCUUCGAUGAGCCCUGGAAGCCAACAAGCAAGGGCGACAAUGGCGAGGAAAAGGACGAGACCAAAUGGGGUCUUUUCACUGCGGACCGCAAGCCCAAGUUCAACACAGAUUGCCCCAAAUAA